GGGAUUUCUGCUGCGCGUCUCUCGGCAUGUGUGAAAUCACGUCGAAGAAAGCCGCGCGCGUCUUGCGUAAAGAGCGCGAGCGCUGUCCGUGGUGCUGAAGUCCGGCACGAGCUCAAAGGGCUUUUCCCUGUGUGCGUGUGCGUGCGCGUGCGUGCGUGAGUGUGUGUGUGUGUGUGUGUGUGUGUGUGUGUGUGUGUGUACUGAAGCCUCGCCAUGACUCGGAAAAGGUUGCGGUGUGUAGCUGUGCGUGGAUUCCUGGCGUGGGAAGUGGCGCUUUUAGUGAGUCUGGUGGCCACAAAGGACCCUGAAAGUCCUCGGGGAAGAACCGUACCCAUGUCUCCCUCAGACUUCCUGGACAAGCUCAUGGGAAGGACCUCAGGCUACGAUGCCAGAAUUAGACCCAACUUUAAAGGUCCACCUGUGAACGUGUCCUGUAACAUAUUCAUCAACAGUUUUGGUUCCAUCGCUGAGACGACUAUGGAUUACAGAGUGAACAUCUUCCUGCGGCAGCAGUGGAACGAUCCACGCCUGGCCUACAGCGAGUACCCAGAUGACUCUCUUGACCUCGACCCCUCCAUGUUAGACUCCAUCUGGAAGCCGGAUCUGUUCUUUGCCAAUGAAAAAGGUGCACAUUUUCACGAAGUCACCACCGACAACAAGCUGCUGAGGAUAUUCAAGAACGGCAACGUGCUUUAUUCUAUAAGACUGACCCUGACACUUUCGUGUCCGAUGGAUCUGAAGAAUUUUCCAAUGGAUGUACAAACAUGCAUUAUGCAGUUAGAGAGCUUCGGAUACACCAUGAACGAUCUGAUCUUUGAGUGGCAGGAGAAGGGACCUGUACAGGUGGCUGAAGGACUCACGCUUCCUCAGUUCAUCCUGAAGGGCGAGACUGACCUCAGAUACUGCACCAAGCAUUACAACACAGGAAAGUUCACAUGCAUUGAGGUGCGUUUUCACCUGGAGAGACAGAUGGGUUAUUACCUGAUCCAGAUGUACAUCCCCAGUCUGCUUAUCGUCAUUCUCUCCUGGGUGUCCUUCUGGAUCAACAUGGAUGCUGCUCCUGCUCGUGUGGCUCUGGGCAUCACCACGGUGCUCACCAUGACCACACAGAGCUCUGGGUCCAGAACAUCUCUGCCUAAGGUCUCCUAUGUGAAGGCUAUAGAUAUCUGGAUGGCCGUGUGUUUGCUCUUUGUGUUCUCGGCACUGCUGGAGUACGCGGCAGUGAACUUUGUCUCAAGGCAGCACAAGGAGCUGCUGCGCUUCCAUCGGAGGAGAAAGAAGUCAAGAAAGGAGGAAGAUGUGCGUGAAAGCCGUCACAGCUACGCCCCUAAUGCAGGGAAAGAUGUCCCGAUGGCCAAAUCCACCAAUAACACAGGCUCUAACUCGCUGCAGGCCCAGGUGAGCACUACCAUCGCUAAGAGUCCAGAGGAGAUGAGGAAGAUCUUCAUUGACCGCGCCAAGAAGAUCGACACCAUAUCACGUGCCGGCUUUCCUCUGGCCUUCCUCUUCUUCAACAUCUUCUACUGGAUUCUGUACAAAAUUCUAAGGUACGACGGAAAUUCUAAGGACUAAACACGGCGCAUUACCGGGUGGGCGGAGCUUCAGUCUGAUGGACAGCUACGUGUGUGAUUAUAUAUCAUAUAUACAAACAUGAUAUGUACUUGACUGUCAUCAUAGAGACCAGGAAGUGUUACAGCGACUUGGACCAAAUGGUCACAACUGGCACACACUAUGCAACUGAGAGACAUGAUGGAGCAACACAACACAACACACACACACACACACACACACACACACACACACACACACACACAGAGAGUUCCCCCAAGCCCUCCCUGGAUCUCACUUUUUGCUCUCACCAUCUCUCUCGUGUCCUACAGCCUUUUACUGCCAGAGUUUUGGUUUAAUACAUUUAAAAAAUAAAAGCUUACAGAAGUUAUAA